CGGCGGUGGGUGGCGGCGCCUGGAACCUGGAGACAGACCCACCUCCCCGCCCCGGAAUGUAGUGACUCCCCGCUCUCCGCUCUCCUCCCCUCUCCUCCCCACUGCAGGAGGGAGGCGCCCCCGAGUCUCCCCUCCCGCGAGAGGGGCCGCGCGGGCCGGGCCGGGCUGGAGCAGCGGCGGCGGCGGCGGCCGCGGGAGCCUAGCCUGCAGCGAGGGACCGGCUGAGGCGCGCGGAGGGAAGGAGGCGAGGGCUCCGCCGCGCUGCCGCCGCCGCCGCUCCCGGGGAAGAGAUGGCGGCGGAGCGGAGAGCCCGGCGACUCCUCAGCACCUUCUCUUUCUGGCUCUGCUGCCUGCUGCUGCUCGAGCGCCGGGCGUCGGGCGCCGCGGCCACCAGGAGCGGCUCCCCGCCGCAAUCCCCAGGAUCCAGCAUUCGGACAUUCACUCCAUUUUAUUUUUUGGUGGAACCAGUGGAUACCCUCUCAAUUAGAGGCUCUUCUGGUAUACUAAACUGUUCAGCAUAUUCUGAGCCUUCUCCAAAAAUUGAAUGGAAAAAAGAUGGAACUUUUUUAAACUUAGUGUCAGACGAUCGACGCCAGCUUCUCCCAGAUGGAUCUUUAUUUAUUAGCAAUGUGGUGCAUUCCAAACACAAUAAACCUGAUGAAGGUUAUUAUCAGUGUGUGGCCACUGUUGAGAGUCUUGGAACUAUUGUCAGCAGAACAGCCAAGCUCACAGUAGCAGGUCUUCCAAGAUUUUCCAGCCAACCAGAACCUUCUUCGGUUUAUGUUGGGAACAGUGCAAUUCUGAAUUGUGAAGUUAAUGCAGAUUUGGUCCCAUUUGUGAGGUGGGAACAGAACAGACAGCCUCUUCUUCUGGAUGAUAGACUUACCAAACUUCCAAGUGGAACACUAGUUAUCAGCAACGCAACUGAAGGAGAUGGGGGACUCUAUCGCUGCAUAGUUGAAAGUGGUGGGCCACCAAAGUAUAGUGAUGAAGUUGAAUUAAAAGUUCUUCCAGAUCCUGAGGUUACAUCAAACUUGGUAUUUUUGAAACAACCUUCUUCCUUAGUCAGAGUCAUUGGUCAGAGUGCAGUGUUACCAUGUGUUGCUUCAGGACUUCCUACUCCAACCAUUAGAUGGAUGAAAAAUGAGGAAGCGCUUGACACAGAAAGCUCUGAAAGAUUGGUACUGCUGGCAGGUGGUAGUCUGGAGAUCAGUGACAUCACCGAGGAUGAUGCUGGCACUUACUUUUGUAUAGCUGAUAAUGGAAAUGAGACCAUUGAAGCUCAAGCAGAGCUUACAGUACAAGCUCAACCUGAAUUCCUGAAGCAGCCUACUAAUAUAUAUGCUCAUGAAUCUAUGGAUAUUGUAUUUGAAUGUGAAGUGACUGGGAAGCCAACUCCAACUGUGAAGUGGGUCAAGAAUGGGGAUAUGGUUAUCCCAAGUGAUUACUUUAAGAUUGUAAAGGAACAUAAUCUUCAAGUUUUGGGUCUGGUGAAAUCAGAUGAAGGGUUCUAUCAGUGCAUUGCUGAAAAUGAUGUUGGAAAUGCACAAGCUGGAGCCCAACUGAUAAUCCUUGAACAUGAUGUUGCCAUCCCAACAUUACCUCCCACUUCACUGACCAGUGCCACUACUGACCAUCUAGCACCAGCCACAACUGGACCACUGCCUUCAGCUCCUCGGGAUGUCGUGGCCUCCUUGGUCUCUACCCGCUUCAUCAAAUUGACAUGGCGGACACCUGCAUCAGAUCCUCAUGGGGACAACCUUACCUACUCUGUCUUCUACACCAAGGAAGGGAUUGCUAGGGAACGUGUUGAAAAUACCAGUCGCCCCGGAGAAAUGCAGGUAACCAUCCAAAACCUAAUGCCAGCGACUGUGUACAUCUUUAGAGUUAUGGCUCAAAAUAAACAUGGCUCCGGAGAGAGUUCAGCUCCACUACGAGUAGAAACACAGCCUGAGGUUCAGCUCCCUGGCCCAGCACCUAACAUCCGAGCGUAUGCAACUUCACCUACUUCCAUUACUGUCACCUGGGAAACACCAUUGUCUGGAAAUGGGGAAAUUCAGAAUUACAAACUGUACUACAUGGAAAAAGGAACUGAUAAAGAACAGGAUGUUGAUGUUUCAAGUCACUCCCACACCAUAAACGGGUUGAAAAAAUAUACAGAGUAUAGUUUCCGAGUGGUGGCCUACAAUAAACAUGGUCCUGGAGUCUCCACACAAGAUGUUGCUGUUCGAACAUUUUCAGAUGUUCCCAGUGCUGCUCCUCAGAAUCUGUCUUUAGAAGUAAGAAAUUCAAAGAGUAUUGUGAUUCACUGGCAGCCACCUCCUCCAGCCACACAAAAUGGGCAGAUCACUGGCUACAGGGUUCGCUACCGAAAGGCCUCCCGAAAGAGCGAUGUCACUGAGACUUUGGUGACUGGGACACAGCUGUCACAGCUGAUUGAAGGUCUUGAUCGGGGGACUGAAUAUAAUUUCCGGGUGGCUGCUCUAACAAUCAAUGGUACAGGCCCUGCUACUGACUGGCUGUCUGCUGAAACUUUUGAAAGUGACUUAGAUGAAACUCGUGUCCCUGAAGUGCCUAGUUCUCUUCACGUCCGCCCACUUGUCACUAGCAUCGUAGUAAGCUGGACACCUCCGGAGAAUCAGAACAUUGUGGUCAGAGGUUAUGCCAUUGGUUAUGGCAUUGGCAGCCCUCAUGCCCAGACCAUAAAAGUGGACUAUAAACAGCGCUAUUACACCAUCGAAAAUCUGGAUCCCAGCUCUCACUAUGUGAUUACCCUGAAAGCAUUUAACAAUGUGGGUGAAGGUAUCCCCCUCUAUGAGAGUGCUGUGACCAGACCUCACACAGACACUUCUGAAGUUGAUUUAUUUGUUAUUAAUGCUCCAUACACUCCAGUGCCAGAUCCUACUCCCAUGAUGCCACCCGUGGGAGUUCAGGCUUCCAUUCUGAGUCAUGACACCAUAAGGAUUACAUGGGCAGACAACUCACUGCCCAAACACCAGAAGAUUACAGACUCCCGAUACUACACAGUCCGAUGGAAAACCAACAUCCCAGCAAACACCAAGUAUAAGAAUGCUAAUGCAACGACUUUGAGUUAUUUGGUGACUGGUUUAAAACCAAAUACACUCUAUGAAUUCUCUGUGAUGGUGACGAAAGGUCGAAGAUCAAGCACAUGGAGUAUGACAGCACAUGGGACCACUUUUGAAUCAGCUCCUGCUUCUCCACCCAAGGAUGUGACAGUUGUGAGUAAAGAGGGAAAACCUAGGACCAUAAUUGUAAAUUGGCAGCCUCCCUCUGAAGCCAAUGGCAAAAUUACAGGUUACAUCAUAUAUUACAGUACGGACGUGAAUGCAGAGAUACACGACUGGGUUAUUGAGCCUGUUGUGGGAAACAGGCUGACUCACCAGAUACAAGAAUUAACACUUGACACACCAUACUACUUCAAAAUCCAAGCUCGGAACUCAAAGGGCAUGGGGCCCAUGUCUGAAGCUGUCCAGUUCAGAACACCCAAAGCGGACUCCUCUGAUAAAAUGGCUAAUGAUCAAGCCUCAGGGUCUGCAGGGAAAGGAAGCCGUCUGCCAGACCUAGGAUCCGACUACAAACCUCCGAUGAGCGGCAGUAACAGCCCUCAUGGAAGCCCCACCUCUCCUCUAGACAGUAACAUGCUGCUGGUCAUCAUCGUUUCCGUUGGCGUCAUCACCAUCGUGGUGGUCGUGAUCAUCGCUGUCUUUUGCACCAGGCGUACCACUUCUCACCAGAAAAAGAAACGAGCUGCUUGCAAAUCAGUGAAUGGCUCCCACAAGUACAAAGGGAACUCCAAGGAUGUCAAACCCCCAGACCUCUGGAUCCAUCAUGAGAGACUGGAGCUGAAACCCAUUGAUAAGUCUCCAGACCCAAACCCCAUCAUGACGGAUACUCCAAUUCCUCGUAACUCUCAAGAUAUCACACCGGUUGACAAUUCCAUGGACAGCAACAUCCAUCAAAGGCGGAAUUCAUAUAGAGGGCAUGAAUCAGAGGACAGCAUGUCUACACUGGCUGGAAGGCGGGGAAUGAGACCAAAAAUGAUGAUGCCCUUUGACUCCCAGCCACCCCAGCCUGUGAUUAGUGCCCAUCCCAUCCAUUCCCUCGAUAACCCUCACCAUCAUUUCCACUCCAGCAGCCUCGCUUCUCCAGCUCGCAGUCAUCUCUACCACCCGGGCAGCUCAUGGCCCAUUGGCACAUCCAUGUCCCUUUCAGACAGGGCCAAUUCCACAGAAUCUGUUCGAAACACCCCCAGCACUGACACCAUGCCAGCCUCCUCGUCUCAGACAUGCUGUGCUGAUCACCAGGAUCCUGAAGGUGCUACCAGCUCCUCUUACUUGGCCAGCUCCCAAGAGGAAGAUUCAGGCCAGAGUCUUCCUACAGCCCACGUUCGCCCUUCCCACCCACUGAAGAGCUUUGCUGUGCCAGCAAUCCCUCCCCCAGGUCCUCCCACCUAUGAUCCAGCGUUGCCAAGCACACCGUUACUAUCCCAGCAAGCUCUAAAUCAUCACAUUCACUCGGUGAAGACGGCCUCCAUUGGGACUUUAGGAAGGAGCCGGCCUCCUAUGCCAGUGGUGGUUCCCAGUGCCCCUGAAGUGCAGGAGACCACAAGGAUGCUGGAAGACUCCGAGAGUAGCUAUGAACCAGAUGAGCUGACCAAAGAGAUGGCCCACCUGGAAGGACUGAUGAAGGACCUAAAUGCCAUCACGACAGCAUGACGACCUUGACCGGGACGUGACUCCAGACCUGAGUCUAGAAGUCUUGGAACUUAGCCUUGAAAACAAGGAGUUGUACAGAGCACGAGAGGACAGCACUUGAAAACACAGAGUGAGCAGGCCACCCGGCCAGCACCCCCGCGUGGGGCCAGCUCCAGGCCUGGCCGCCUGCCUUCUCCUGGUCGGCCUGGAAGACGCCGUGUCAAGGCAGCUUCCCUUUGCCUGCCGAUACCCUGCAGGACUGGGCACCAUGGGCCAAAAUUUUGUGUCCAGGGAAGAGGCAAGAAGUGCAACCUCUGUUUCACUUUGUGGUCAGGCUGCGUCUUCAUGCUGCGACGGCAUCGCCUUUAUGGAGUGUAGACGUUGGCAUUUAUGUACAAUUUUAUUUGUGUCCUAUUUUAUUUUACCUUCAAAAGAAAAACACUAUCAAAACCCAAGGAGGUCUGUGGUGUUCUCCACAAGUGGUUGACGUUUGGCUACUUGUUUGAAUUAUGUCUGGAAAGUCAUUGACAGUGUGGGUUGUUCCAGGGGUUGGCGUGUUUUGUGUUUUUGUUUUUAUUUUUGAUUCUGAGUCAUUGCAUCCUCUACCAGCUGUUAAUCCAUCACUUUGAGAGGGGGGAGGAAAUGUUGCAUUGCUGUUUGUAAGCUUUUUUAUUUUUUUUAUUAUAAUUAUUAAAGGCCUGACUUUCUCCUCUCAUCACUGUGAGAUUACAGAUCUAUCUGAAUGAAAUGUAACAUUGAAAAGACUUGUUUGUUGCUUUCUGUGCAGUUGCAGUAUUGGGGUGGGGGGCGUUGGGGGGUUGGGAACUGGAAAUGGAGGGGCUGCUGAGGUCCUGUGAAUGUUUCCGUCAUUGUACUUCCUUCCAGAAGCCUGCAGAGAAUGGAAGCAUCUUCUUUACUGUCCUGGCAUGUCCAUCUCUUCACUAAGUUGCAACUGGAGUUUCAUUUGGAUCUAGUUAAAAAUUUCUUCUGUGCAAUAGGUGGGUUCGAGGAUGUAGCUGCCCUGGUGUCUUGGUCAUAUCCUGAUAAGAAUGUCCACGCUGAGGAGUCAGGCGCUGUAUUGCAGGAGUGAUGGCAGGACAGGGCACGAGCCUGGCCGAGUUCCUGGGAAAUCGGAGAAGAGGUUAGAGACCCUUUCCUGCUGUUACCAUGUGUUCCCUUCGGGGAAGUCGGAGGUUAAGGAGGGAGCUUUGUUCCCAUGUAGGACUCCUUGCUUCUCCCUAGCUCCUGUCCUCAGCCAGUCCAGCUCUCACUUCCACGCCUCAGAGCCCCACGGGGAAGGUGUUAGCAAGAAUGAAGCAGGCAGGGGCUGCAGCACCAGUGAGGCUCCCCACUUCUUUCUGAGCACUGUUCUGUACGUAGCAGGGGACGGGGACAGUGGCCUCCCCAACUCCUACACACCAUCCCAGCAGCUCAGCUAAGCCCCUGAUCUGAACAGGGCAGCAGGAGGUCUCUGAGGUGUGCUGAGAGGCUGGCCACACAAGAAGCCUUUGCCUUUGCAGGAGGUUCUUGUAUGCUUUUUCUCAAAAAUGUAAGGAGCUGAGAUUUUUCUUUUUGUUUAAUAUAAAGAAUCUCUUAAGAAUACAGGACUGACCCUCAGGCAUCUUCCCCUGCUCCCCAACAAAUCCCCAGAAGAGAGUGUGGAAGGCAGUGCAGAAGGCGGAUUGCGCUUUGGUUCUGUAGCCAGGAAGAGGUCAGCUGCUGAGAACACCAGUGGGCACUCGGACCCGCCUGCCCUGGGGCCUGUGCUCUGCCCUGGCCACACAGGCGCCCCACUUGCCUUUGUACCUUGGUUAUUUCCCCUAUUUAGGUCUUACCACACAUUUGCUUUUCUAGAAGAUGAACUCUGUUUCUCAACUGGGGGCAAUAAAAAGUGCAAUGCCGGAACUCCUGUUGCCCUGCUAGCUGGUCACGGAGGAUAGUGCCAGGCCGGAUUCUGGAAACCCAGUGCACUUAAACUGAUCCUGAAAAGAGCACUCAGAACACUCUGGACACCAGGAGGGCUAGAUUCCCCAGAAACUGUCUUACCUUUUGCCCAAAGAAACAUGCUCGGUAUUCGGGGCAUUCCCUCCCAUGAACCCUGAUACUUUGGUUACCUCAGGGCCUUGGUACCUGGAUACUGCCACAGAACUGGGGUGGGGGGAGGGGCCUAUUUUUAAAUAACUGUUCAAAGUUGGGGGAUUUUUUUAAAUUAAGAAAAAGGAAAGUUAUUCUGUAUUGCACCUUUUCACAGUUUAAUACAUUUUCUUACAUUUUCCUGUGAUUUUUGAAAUUAAACCAUUGUGUGUCUUGUAAUGUCCUAGUUGAGCUGCUGACCAGCAGUUUCCUUCAGGAGGAUUUGGAGCAAAUGUGUCUGUUGCCUUGUCACCUGCUGGAAGGGGACCUGGAGGGCUGCUGGGGACUAGUUUCUGUACACACUUGUUUGGCCUUUUCUGUAGUUGAUGCUGUAAACUCUAUGGCUUUUUGAAAAACAAUUUCAUGUUUUUAUUUAGUAUUGGAAAUCCAAUACACUUUUUUAAA